CCGGCGGCUGGCUAGGGAUGAAGAAUAAAAGGAAGCACCCUCCAGCAGUUCCACACACUCGCUUCUGGAACGGCUGAGAUUAUCAAUAAGCUCCUAGUCCAGACGCCAUGGGUCAUUUCACAGAGGAGGACAAGGCUACUAUCACAAGCCUGUGGGGCAAGGUGAAUGUGGAAGAUGCUGGAGGAGAAACCCUGGGAAGGCUCCUGGUUGUCUACCCAUGGACCCAGAGGUUCUUUGACAGCUUUGGCAACCUGUCCUCUGCCUCUGCCAUCAUGGGCAACCCCAAGGUCAAGGCACAUGGCAAGAAGGUGCUGACUUCCUUGGGAGAUGCCAUAAAGAACCUGGAUGAUCUCAAGGGCACCUUUGCCCAGCUGAGUGAGCUGCACUGUGACAAGCUGCAUGUGGAUCCUGAGAACUUCAGGGUGAGUCCAGGAGUUUCAGCAGUUUCAGAGUUCAGUCUCAAGGCAACUUAGACAACUGAGUAUUGAUCUGAGGACAGCUGAAUCUACCUGCUGGGUGUGAGCUAUUUGAAGAUACUGGGGUUGGGAGUGAAGAAACU